AUGCUGAGCAUCGACGACCUUAUGAACCCCAUCGAGGAUCCGGAGCAGCCAGAGCAACCAGGUCAAUCAGACCAGCCGGACGAGCCAGAUGAACCAGGCCAGUCAGGACCGUCAAACCAGGAAGACAAACCUGUUAAAUGCACGCAUUGUAAAAUUCGUGAUGCCGUCGAGGGGAAAUCGUAUUGUCAACCAUGCACCGACUCUAAUAAGCGUUCUAACGAGAACACAAGAAACAAAAACAAAGAAAAAGGGAAGUGUAGUGACUGUUCAGAGAUACUGGACAGAGUGGGAAGUACUUGCAAAAAAUGCAACGAUAAACGGAACAAAAAAGCUAGGGAAAGGCGAAAGGGAAAGGAGAAGAAGUAG